GGGACGAAUCUUCAUUCGGCUUGUCCCGGAAUAACACGAGUUGGUCACGAAUGGAAUGAACAGAAAGUAGGAUUUACCUGUUACGUGGGCAGGCCAGAGGCAUUCCAUCUGCUCGUUCUUCACGUUUUACCAGAGUCCCCUUCUUGGAAUCUGAAAUGCAUGAAUCGAACAAACUAAAUGAGCAGUUGAAGGAUGGAAACUGACGACAACGUGCCACAAGAUGGCGCUGUGGCUAGACGUUCCACAGAUACUGUAGCUUCCACAGAGGGAAGUCAGCAGGGGGGACAACCCACUACAACAUCAACACCAGAUGGCGCUGUGGCUAGGCCUUCUACAGAUACUGUAGCUGUCACAGAGGGAAGUCAGCAGCAGGGGAGACAACCCACUACAACAUCAACACCAGAUGGCGCUGUGGCUAGUCCUUCCACAGAUACUGUAGCUGCCACAGAGGGAAGACAGCAGCAGGGGGGACAACCCCCUACAACAUCGACACCAGAUGGCGCUGUGGCUAGUCCUUCCACAGAUACUGUAGCUGCCACAGAGGGAAGACAGCAGCAGGGGGGACAACCCCCUACAACAUCGACACCAGAUGGCGCUGUGGCUAGUCCUUCCACAGAUACUGUAGCUGCCAAAGAGGGAAGACAGCAGCAGGGGGGACAACCCCCUACAACAUCGACACCAGAUGGCGCUGUGGCUAGGCCUUCCACAGAUACUGUAGCUGCCACAGAGGGAAGUCAGCAGCAGGGGGGACAACCCACUACAACAUCAACACCAGAUGGCGCUGUGGCUAGGCGUUCCACAGAUACUAUAGCUGCCACAGAGGGAAGUCAGCAACAGGGGGCACAAUCCAUUUCAACAACCACCCACAACUACAUAGAUUGUAAAGUUUCACAUUUUGACGUGUCCAACUCUCCUGGCAUGGCAGUCGGGGAUAGCAAACACCAAGGCUGUAUAUCUCAAGGGUGUCUGAGUGUCAGGAUCAACCAGCUCAGUGAUAUGUUUGUGGAAACCCAUGCUCUUGACAAAGCACAAGAACUUCUGAAAAGACACAAACACGUGGCCAUCUGCGGAGCCCCUGGAGACGGGAAAACUACUGCAGCUCUCAGGAUCUGUGAAGCAUAUAUGAAGAAAAAGUAUCAAGUAUUGUUUGUUGAAAGUAUUGAAGAGUUUGACAGUGAUGUUGUCAUUGAACGAAAAUGUGACAUGCUGGUUGUGUUUGACGAUGUGUUUGGUUCUGUUACAUUUCCAAGCAGCUUGGAGAAGAUACACAGAGUAUUCAAUGCCUUGGUUGAUGUUUUACUGCGCUUUGCAAGAGACAAGGAACUGACAGCCAAAGAAAAACAAACCAAGAAGAAACAUGACAAAAGUAUGAAGAAGGAAGAUGAGAAGCAAUGUGAAGAUGAAAAGACACCAAUCUGUAACUACAAGCUUCGCUUUAUAUUCACAUCCAGAAGCUACAACUGGAAUGAAGGAUGUGAAAGACUACAUCAGUUCAAAGUAAAUCUGUUUAAGCCGGAAGCCAUUGUUGAUAUGAUCAAGACCUGUUUAACCAGUGACGAAAAGAAACGUAUCAUGGCAUUGUUCAGGAGAAGUCAAAUGUGCGAUAUCUCAAGUAAGGACAUGAAAACCAUUACUCAGUUAAAAGACAGCAUGUUUGGAUAUCCGUUGACCUGUAAGCUCUACUUCACCAACCCAGUGUUCCAGAUGCACAGUAUUGUGGACUUUUUCCUGAAACCAUUGACCUACCUGAGAUGUGACCUUGACACCAUUGUUCGUGAAGGCAGCAGUAGAUCGGCAGCUCUGGUUCUCCUCGUCCUGUGUGGAGGGAAGUUGGACCUUGUUUCCUUGAUGAUGGGGACAGACGAGAAGGUCAGAGAUCUGCUCCGCGUUGUAAAGGAGAAGGUAGCAUCAUGCACUGAUGCAGACAUCAGCAGGGAGAUCAGCAACUUUACCGGCACCUACUGCAUAGUGGAAAAUCAUCUAGUCUCCUUCUCACAUCCAUCCAUCCACGAUGCUGCAUCUUGUGCCCUGGGCAAUCUCAACAUUGUGUUAUUAGUAAAGUAUUGUUCUCUGCAGUUUUUAUACGAAAGAGUUCGACUGAGCAAGACUGAUUCUCUGCAGACAACCCAAACUGAUGAUGUUACAAACAUGAUCCAGAUCACUUCCCGUCUUUACCCAUUACUGAUCAGCAGGCUGGUGGAGGGUAUCCGGGAAGAAUGCUUUAGAUGGACAGUAGGCCACCCUGUAUUCAGAAACGAUCAAUUAGCAUCCUCACUGAUGACGGAACUGGCCAAUGACUUGCCUCAUAAAGUUCACCAAAAGGACAGGACAUCUGGUGAAUGUUUUCUAUAUUGGGUUUCCCUGUCAAAUAAUGAUUUGUUGUUCAGAAGGUCACUCAUACUAAUAAGUAAGAAUGGAAAUCUUUCACAUGAAAGUGUGAUAGACCUGAAUGACAGUGCCACAGGUUGCGUGAAGGCUGGAAUUGUGAGGAACCUGCAACACAUCGUUGUGUUGCUGAAGAAGCAUGGGGAAUUUGAUGUAGACAGAAGGAUGCAGACAAACAAAACACAGCUCAUCAUUGCUGCAGAGGCUGGACACUUGGAUGUGUUCAACUUUCUACUGCAAGAAGGAGCAAAUGUUUCAAUGAGGGACAGGGACGGAAACAAAUGCCUUCAUCAUGCAUGUCAAUCUGGAAACAAAGAUAUUGUCAAAGUUGUUGUUGAGAAGUUUCCAGAUAUGACUGAUGAUCCUGAUGGACUGGGAAACACAUCUGCAAUGUUGUGUGUGAUGUCAGGACACGAAGAGAUCCUGAAGGUCCUGGUGUCACACGGUGCUGAUCUGAAAUGGCGAGAUUAUUGUUAUUUACAUAUGGCAUGUGCAAGAUGUCAUAUAUCAAUCAUCAGAUAUUUGUUGUCUUAUGAAGAUAUCAACAUUAAUGAAAGAACAGUAUAUGAACAGUCACCAGUCAUGGUGGCAGCUGAAGCCGGACAUUCUGAUGUUUAUCACCUUCUUGUGUCAGAGGGAGCUGAUCUCUCACUUACUGCUAACAGGGGCAGAGACUGUCUGAUGUUGGCGUGUAAGGGAGGUAACAUAUCUAUAGUUGAGCACCUCCUGUCCUUGAAAACAUUCAACAUCAACAGGAGAGAUUGGUUGGGGAGUACACCAGUCAUGAUGGCAGCUGAAGCCGGACAUUCUGAUGUUUAUCACCUUCUUGUGUCAGAGGGAGCUGAUCUCUCACUUACUGAUAACAGGGGCAGAGACUGUCUGAUGUUGGCGUGUAAGGGAGGUAACAUAUCUAUAGUUGAGCACCUCCUGUCCUUGAAAACAUUCAACAUCAACAGGAGAGAUUGGUUGGGGAGUACACCAGUCAUGAUGGCAGCUGAAGCCAGACACUAUGAUGUUUAUCACCUUCUUGUGUCAGAGGGAGCUGAUCUCUCACUUACUGAUAACAGGGGCAGAGACUGUCUGAUGUUGGCAUGUGAGGGAGGUAACAUAUCUAUAGUUAAGAAUCUCCUGUCCUUGAAAACAUUCAACAUCAACAGGAGAGAUUGGUUGGGGAGAACACCAGUCAUGAUGGCAGCUAAAGCCGGACACUGUGAUGUUUAUCACCUUCUUGUGUCAGAGGGAGCUGAUCCCUCACUUACUGAUUACGAUGACAGAGACUGUCUGAUGUUGGCAUGUGAGGGAGGUAACAUGUCUAUAGUUAAGCACCUACUAUCUCUGAAAAAAUUCAACAUCAACAUGAGAUAUUGGUUCAACCGUACACCAGUCAUGAUGGCAGCUGCAGCUGGACAUUCUGAUGUUUUUCACCUUCUUGUGUCAGAGGGGGCUUAUCUAUCACUUACUGAUUACAAUGACAGAGACUGUCUGAUGUUGGCAUGUGAGGGAGGUAAUAUGUCUAUAGUUAAGCACCUACUAUCUCUGAAAACAUUCAACAUCAACAGGAGAGAUAGUUUGAACCGUACACCAGUCAUGAUGGCAGCUAAAGCCGGACAUUCUGAUGUUUAUCACCUUCUUGUGUCAGAGGGAGCUGAUCUGUCAUUAAUUGAUUGCAGGGACAGAGACUGUCUGGUAUUGGCAUGUGAGGGAGGUAACAAGUCUAUAGUUAUGCACCUACUAUCUUUGAAAAAAUUCAACAUCAACAGGGGAGAUAUGAUUGGGAGUACAUCAGUCAUGAUGGCAGCUGAAGCCGGACAUUCUGAUGUUUACCACCUUCUUGUGUCAGAGAGAGCUGAUCUCUCACUUACUGAUGACAGGGACAGAGACUGUCUAAUGUAUGCAUGUGAGGGAGGUAACAAAUCAAUAGUUAAGCACCUCCUGUCCUUGAAAACAUUCAACAUCAACAGGAGAGAUAGGUUGGGGAUUACACCAGUCAUGAUGGCAGCUGAUUCCAGACACUCUGGUGUUCAUAAUCUACUUGUGUCAGAGGGAGCUGAUCUAUCUGGUGUUCACAAGUAAUGGAGAUCACCUACCUGUAUAAAAGAACCUCUUAGCGUUGAAAAUGUUUGACAUAAAGAUGGGGAAUUGAGAAUGAAACGUCAGGUAUGGUUGCAGAAAACCUCCUGAUCUGUAUGUACUCCAGACUUUAACCUUAUAUCUUUUAACUUAUCCUGCAUUACUACUUAAUGCAAUACCUGCUUACAUUUGACAGAAGCGAAGCUGUGUGUGGUCCAGGUGAAGAGAAAAAGUUGUUCCAACUAACCUGAUGCAGGACCAAAGCGCAGUACCCUGGUGGCCCCGGAAGCGAUGAUGUCAAACAACCUCACGUUACUGCUUGUCACAGGACAGACAUGUUGCUUCAGUAAAUCGUCCAGUGUGAUCUUGUGUUUGGUGCCUUCUUGUUGUUCCGAUCCACCAUUUUGACUUUCUUUACGUGUUUUCGUGGCAUAUGUCUUUCAGUGUGGCGUGUGGCGUGUGGCGUGGUCUUGUUACAUGCUCAAAUACCUUUCAAGUGUUUUACACUUUCUUAUUAUACUGUUUAAUCUAAAUUACACUUUGUGUUUAUUCCAUUAACUUGGAUAAUCUCGGAUCAUUCUGUCUUCAGGUUCAAUUUAUGAUUGCUCAUGGUAUCAGUUGCCUUGGUAAAGAAUCUUUAACACAUCCUCACCCACGUUGCCUUAAUUAUGCGCAUAUUUGUACUAUUGAUUGAUGUGUGAUUAUUGUACGCCCUUUCAAGCUUUCACAGAUGACAGGAGGUCUAAUGUCUUGCUCAGCAGGCCCAGUGGCAUUCCAGGAGAUUGUCAGAAGGUGAUCUAUUCUUCCUAUCUUGUAUGGCCACCAUUAGAGUCUAGAACUGACUGACAUCGUCUUCCCAUGGAAACAAUCAGAUCCCGAAUUGUGGCCUGGAGAAUGUUCACAUGCAAAUGAAAACCCAACGUGUUUAUAGCCCAACAAGUCAUGUUGCGUGUGCAUGUCAUGCUGCUGUGUUUCGGCGAUUGUGUUUGUUGUUUGUCGCCAGUCUGCAAUAUUCCAGCUGUAUCACGGUGCCUUUAUGGGGAAGUCUGUCUCCUAGCAGAUCGUAGACAUCUACCGUUUCCAUGAAUCCCAUGAUUAUGAGUGUGGCGCUGUCAAAUCAAGGAUCACUAUCUGAAUUGAAUCGUGUAAUUGAAUCAUCCAAGCAUGGAUAUUAUCCCAAACUUGAUUUUCAAAUGCUGCCUUUUGUGCCAACUGGCAAUGAAUUUGACUACAUUACAAUACCAUAUGUAUCCAGAGCUUACACAAUUUUGUUGAAAAUUACAAUAAUUUAAUAGGUACAGCAAAACCCUAUGCCACAAAGUGGAAGGGGGAUAUAGGAAUGGGUGCCGUCCUUCUGUCACAUUUCGUUUCCGGAGCAGAUCUUGAAAAAUGUUCCAUAUUUCUUCACCAAACUUUGCACAUCGAUAGGUCUAGUGGUGAACUGGUGCCUUUUGAUAGUUUGGGAUUUAAAAAAAAUAAUUUUGUUCGAGUUUCCAUGGCAAUGACUUUGACAUAGACAGAUGGUGGCGAUAGUCCUCGUUUCCAGAGCAGAUCUUGAAAACCGUACCAUAUUUCUUCUCCAAACUUGGCACAUAAUGUCAUAUCGCAGUAUUGAAUACAUUUCCUUUCUUGUUGGUAAGUUCUGCAUUGCUUGAGUGUA